CAGAGGUACAAACAUCCCGUGAAGCAUUACCCAAUUGCAUUCCUCCGCAUCUGCCCUCCAGUCAGUCGCCCGCUUCCGGAGGUACUCACGUCCUACCCCAUCAAGAUGCGGAAUUGCGCCUUUCCUAGCUCUCUAAUGCUCUCUCUCUCUCUUUCUCUUACCACUCUUUCCCGCGCUCUCUAUCUUUAGGUUGAUGCUUUUAUUUUAUAAAGUAAUUAUCCCCUGAAAGGUCAAAGCCCCUGCUUCCAGGAACGUUGAGUUAUACCCGGAUAACCUUACGCCUUUGCUCCAUAAUGAAAAGCAUUUUGCUACCGAACUUCCUCAGUGGGCUGGAGUGGUAGGCAAGACUGCUGAGGCACAACGCAGAACGACUCUCGCCGAAACGUUUCUGCUCGCUUACUGUUUGGAUGUUGUUGAGUUUAGUGGGUUUCGUCCAAUAUAACUAAUUUACACCGAUGAACCUGACAUGAGAUUUUAAACCGUUUUGGCAGUUUUAUAAUGGACAUAUCCGCUGAUUCAGCAGGAGAAUGGGAGAUGCUGAGUUGAACUUUGUCUGCUGUUCUGAAUCGCGGUGCUCCGGGGGAGGUGAGGGAAUGAAGAUCCCCCGGUCAGCCCAGAGGAGGUGUAAGCUUGCAUGUGGGAACCCCUUCCACUGCUGAUCCCUGCCCUCCACCCCUCCCUACUUCCCUCACUCCCUCGAUCUCUGAUGGCUUUAUGGGGCUUCCUCAGCCUGCACUUCUGGGUUUGGGUCUGGGCACCAGUGUCAGCCAGCCUGCCCCACGACCGCCCUGGAGGGCCCCUCGACUGGCUUUUGUCUGACAAGGGCCCAUUUCACCACUCCCAGGAGUACACAGACUUUGUUGAGAGGAACCGGCAGGGGUUCUCUACCCGCUACAAGAUAUACAGGGAGUUUGGGAGGUGGAAGGUGAACAAUUUAGCUGUGGAGAGGAGAGACUUCCUGGAGUCGCCAUUGCCCCUGACGCCAGAGUUUGUCCGCAACAUCCGUCUACUGGGUCGCAGACCCACCACCCAGCUCAUCACUGACAACCUGAUCAGGAAGUAUGGAACUCACUUUCUGCUGUCAGCCACACUGGGAGGGGAAGAGGCCUUAACAAUAUUUGUGGACAAGAGGAAGCUGAGUAAGAAGGCAGAGGUCAGUGACUACUCUGGCUCUGGCAACUCGUCCAGUGUGACUCUAGAGGUCCUGCACCAGCUGGCUGCCUCCUAUUUCAUUGACAGAGAGAGCACUUUGCGGAAGCUGCACCACAUCCAGAUAGCAUCAACGGCCAUCAAGGUAACAGAGACUCGGACAGGCCCUCUUGGAUGCAGUAACUAUGACAACCUUGAUUCUGUCAGCUCUGUUCUGGUUCAGAGCCCGGAAAACAAAGUUCACUUGCAAGGCCUGCAGGUUAUCCUGCCUGACUACCUGAAAGACAAUUUUGUCCAGGCUGCUCUCAGCUACAUUGCCUGUAACGGCGAGGGGGGCUUUGUCUGUAAGGAAAAUGACUGUUGGUGCCAGUGUGAUCCCAAGUUCCCAGAAUGCAACUGUCCUUACAUGGACAUCCAAGCCAUGGAGGACAGCCUGCAGAGGAUCACUGAGACUUGGGGGACACUAUACAAGGAGUUUGAGGAGUCGGAUGAGUUCAAGACCUUCCUGACAAGACUCCCACAUAGCUUUUUUCUUAACGUGUCGGCGAUCCAGCACCUGUGGUCUUUGGAUGGUGUGUUUCAGUGGCGCUAUGAGCAGCUGGAAAACAGCAUGAGAGUGCUCUUCAGACGAGCCCAGAGAGUGGUGUUCAAGCUCUUCAGUCUCAGCAAGAGGUGCCAGAAGCAGCCUCACAUCCGCCUACCCAGAGAACGGCCCCAAUCCUACUGGCUGAGUCACUUCCAAUCUCUCCUCUACUGUUCUGAGAACAACCAGCUGGGUUCCUUCUCUGAGGAGCUCCACAGCUGUUCCUGUAGUUACGAGCACAGCUCUUGCCAGCUGCCCCCACCGUGUGCCAUUGGAGAGGGCACUGCCUGUGCAGCCUGUGCCCCAGACAACCACACUCGCUGUGGGAGCUGCAACCCUGGCUACACCCUCAUCCAGGGGGCCUGCAGACCCAUGGUGGCUGACUCUACAGAGAACUACCUGGGCUUUGAGACUGACCUACAGGACCUAGAGCUAAAAUACCUCCUGCAGAGAUCUGACCGUAGGUUGGAGGUCCAUGCAAUCUUCAUCAGUAAUGACAUGCGUCUCAACAGCUGGUUCGACCCAUCAUGGAGGAAGAGAAUGCUGCUAACACUGAAGAGCAACAAGUAUAAGUCCAACCUUGUCCACAUGUUGCUGGGUGUGUCUCUCCAGAUCUGCCUCACCAAAAACAGCACCUUAGAGCCAGUCCUAACUCUCUAUAUCAACCCUUUCGGGGGCAGUCACUCUGAGAGCUGGUACAUCCCUGUCAGUGAGAACAGCUUCCCAGACUGGACGGCCACCAAACUCGACCUGCCUCUCGAAUGUUUCAACUGGACCCUGAUGCUGGGUAACAAGUGGAAGACCUUCUUUGAGACCAUUCACAUCUACCUGCGGAGCCGGAUAAAGACACAGGGUGUUGAAGGCCCAGGGGGGGCCGAAAAUGAAAGCCUCUACUAUGAGCCAUUAGAAAUGGUGGAUCCGUCUCGUAACCUGGGCUACAUGAAGAUCAACAGCAUCCAGGUGUUUGGCUACAGUAUGCAUUUUGACCCGGAAGCAAUUCGAGACUUAAUCUUGCAGCUGGACUACCCGUACACUCAGGGUUCCCAGGACACAGCCCUGCUGCAGCUGCUGGAGAUCAGGGACCGGGUCAACAGACUGUCCCCUCCCGGUCAGCAGAGACUGGACCUGUUUGCCUGUCUGCUCAGACAUCGGUUAAAACUGACUGCCAAUGAGGUGGUCCGCAUACACGCCUCUUUGCAGGCCUUCAGCAACCGCCUGCCCAACUCUCUGGAUUAUGAGACCACCAAGCUGUGUAGUUAACAGCUAUUACGGGAUAACUGGGGGAGAUAAAAGUCCAAUGGGGAACUAUUGGAUGGCCGAAUGGUGUACCGGCACAGUAGUCUGACUUUCAUUUGUUUUUUGAUUCUUUGAAUUACCAGACUGUAAAACUAUUUACUAAAUGGCUACGUCAGGGUGAAAAGGACAACUAAAUUGUUCGAUUUCCCUUUCAUGUUGGUGACUUGGGAGGUGCUGAAAGCUGGUGCUUUUUGGUCCUAGAAAAAUAACUGACAAAAGAAAACAAAUGCAGAUUUAGUAUUAAAAUAUUUAUCUCUCUCUCUGUCUUUCCACAAACACUUGACCAUCUUGUUUAAAUUCAAACCUACUCAUAAAGAAGGUGGCUGGAGGAUGUUUUCAGAAACAUGAAACUGUCUGUUUGUUUGUAACUAUUUUAUAUGUUAUUUUGCUUCAGUGACAGUGAACUUUCCAUAAUGACCAGAAUUCAGUGGUGUCAAUCAG